UGCGGUGUUUUUCUUUUCCUUAUCAACUUCGCUUUUCUGGUUUCUCCUGUCGACCUGAGCAGACUCGACUUCUUGUUGUUCGUCAAAUCUGUUCAAAUUUACCAGCAGCUCGUGAAUUAUCAGCCUCUUUGCGGCGUGUCCAUGAUGGAUUUGCGGGUUUUAUUCCCAGCGCUUCUUCUGAUCUGCGGCUUGGCGACAGUUUUUACAGACGACGAGUGUGAGAAGAAGAACGCGACGAGCUGCGAGGAUUGUCUGAAGAAUGUGUCUUGCCUGUGGUGCAUCAAAACUAAGCAAUGUUUAACGUAUCCAGCAAAGACCAUCCUUCCACCUCAUUCACUCUGUCCAUUAAAUGAUGCUCGCUGGGGGCUCUGCUGGAUGAACUUCCAGACGUUGAUCAUCACCCUGUCAGUGCUCGUUGCAGUUCUCAUCAUCGCCGUCAUGAUCUGCAUGUUCUGCUGCUGCAAGUGUGAGAACGUUGGAUCCAAACGAUCUGAGGCCAAGAUGCAGAGACACGCCAAUAAAACAAAAGCCAAGCAAGAAGAAAGGAGGGCGGAGAUGAAACAGAGACACAAGGACAUCAGGGAUAAAUAUGGCCUAAGCGGGCCAAAUCCAUAUUCCAAAUUUAGUUAAGACAACAGAUGAUCUUUUGAAACCUUCAUGGACACAGAUGAAAUCCACAGCCUGCUUUCUGGAUAUGAGAACAGAUGACCCAAUUUUUAACGCAAAGUGCAACUUGGAGAAUGUUCAGCAGUUUUGUGUACAGAGUCUUCAUUGUCAGUCAGCUGAUCAGUUUCCUACUAAAAUGUUUUGCAAUGAGCCGAAAGCCUCUCACUACAAGCUAAAAUAGUGGCUGCUAUAUUUUUUUAAACAAGUUUAUCCUUAGUCUUCCAUAGUUAAUCUGCCUGAACUAGUUAUUAAAUGUUAGUUUCAUUGUACUAAACGGAAAAAAAAUGUCACAUAUGCUUGAAUAUUAUCAUUUUAUUCUUAAGAAAAAUUGUGACAAUAAUGUUUUAGAUUGUUUUUACUUCCAAGUCUGUUGAUUUUAGAGCUGUGCCAGAGAUUUUACCUUCUUUUUUGUGUUUCGACUUGUUUUAGAUUGUUGAACUUGGUAUGUUACUGCUGUAUUUUCCAGUUGAGUUUUUUUUCCCUACAUUCUUAAGGAAAAUAGUAGAAACCAACAUAAAAGUUUUAUUCCUUAUAGAUAUUUAAAAGCAAAGUAAACUUUAGUCGCUAUGUGCCUUAUUCGAGUGUUAUUUAUCCUGUGAAGACAAAAUCCUAAUAAAAAAACUUUAAACUGU